AAAUUAGAACAAGUACACACUUUUUUAUCAGAUCUCGAGUUAUUGCGUAUAUCCGUUAUGUCUCGAGACAAUGCUCAAAAUGAGGAGAGAGAAAUUUUGGAUGGUUUUGAAGGUCUUUUGACAUCCGUAGCAUCUCGAUGCAAUGAUAUACCAAAUUCAAAUGUAAUCUUCCGAAGUUCUGAAUCGAUACGAGGUACGGAUGUUGGAAAUUUGGGUGUUUUAC